UAAAACCAAUGGUACUGACUGGCAUUCGGAUAUAAUCUUAUACAACGCAUUUAUUGAACGGACAAAAUGAAAUAUACAUAAUGUUUGUUCGUUUGUAAAUAUUUUAAUAGUAAAUUUUCAGUAUUAGUUUUUCUUUUUUUUUUUUACUAAAUUAAUACAAUGAAAGAGUGGAAAAAGAUCUCGUUGUUUGUAUGCGUUUUCGCGUUUGUAAGAGAAUUUAGGCCCAUUGAACCGUUUUACGCGGCAUAUUUGACAAGUCCAGCUAUAAAUAUUACAUUGAUUGAGGUGUCACGAGACGUUUAUUCGGUAGGAGCUUACUCGUGUUUUGUUUUGAUUAUUAUUGUAUUUUUAAUUACCGAUUAUUUGAGAUACAAACCGGUGCUCAUCGUUGAUGGACUAUGCGGCAUGAUCACGUAUUUCAACAUAAUAGGCAGCCCGGGUAUUCUAAGGAUGCAAAUUGGCCAGGUAUUCUAUGGAUUUUUCUUUUCGUCCGAAGUAGCAUAUUUUGGUUACUUGUACGCCAUGACGGAGGAUAAACGUUACUACCAAAGAAUCACGGGACAAGCUAGGGCGGCAUGUCUUUCGGGCAAGUUCAUAUCGUCCCUUUUGGCCCAAUCGUUAAGUCUUAUCAACGGAUCCGUGCCUUUCGUCGAAUUGGUCUACAUGAGUGCAUUUGGUAUGUUUUUUUCAACCAUCUGGGCUUUUAUAAUGCCGUCGGUGAAACACAGUAUAUACUUUCAUGCCGCAGAUAUCGAAUCGACCACUCAAACUUCAUCGGCAAUCGUCUAUUCGCCAAAAGGCAUCGAAUCAGAAACGGUCAAAGCCAUCAAGUCGGCUUACCAGGAAAAAAAAGAAGCAGUUAAACAAUGCGAUAUUAAAAAAGGAAAUUUUAGGAAAGCUUUGGCACGGCUGUGGAAUGAUUUCAAAAAUUCGUAUUCGGAUCCUUAUGUCGUUAAGCUAUGCUUUUGGUGGGCCCUAGCCUAUGGUGCAUACGUUCAAGUGUACACUUACAUCAAUGUUCUAUACACCUAUACGUUAGAUCUGAACAAUGACUCCGAGUUUACUUUGUACAACGGUGCUGCAGAGUCGCUUAACACGUUAAUAGGAGCCAUUUCGGCUUACUUAAUAGGAAAACUGGAACUGAAUUGGUUUAGGGUGGGAGACGCGUUUUUCGCCGUUGGUUCAAUGUUGGCCGGAUUAGUCCUAUUCGGUUGUUACUGUACAAGAACUUUGUGGUUCAUUUAUGCAUUUUACAUAAUAUAUGGAUGCCUAUAUCAGACAAUGCUCACUAUAGCCGAAUCUGAAGUAGCAAAACGCUUGGGUAAAGAUAGCUAUGGUUUAGUUUUCGGGUUUAACUCGUUUAUAGCUUUGUUUUUGCAUACGUUAAUGACAUAUGGAAUCGUCCAAGGACACGUUAUAUCGGUAACAACAGCUCAACAGUUUACAAUUUAUGCUGGUUAUUACACAUUUCUCGGAUUACUAUUUUGUGGAUUCGUAGUUAAAAAACAUUUAACGGCCAAAGAAAAACUGUUGGUCUGUAAACUUUAAUCAAUACAUUUAUAGUGUGAACCAAAUAUACACUAUACAUGCAUACGUACUGUUUUGUAUCAUAGUGUUCAAGGAUUUUGUAAUUUAUAUAACCGAAUGUAAAUUAAUUUAUAUUAUUAUAAUGUAAAUGUAUACUAUACCUAUGUAAAUCUAUUUUGUAAGUAUCAAUUGUAUAUAUCUCUUUAGUUUAAUUUUUAUCUUUGAUUAACGAGGUAAAAAGUCACGUUUUGUUAACACAAUACUUGUUUUGUUACAAAACACGAAAAUAACGGCCAUAGUCAAUGAAAUUAAAUGCAACAUAGAUGUUAAAUAUUAUAUGCUCCCGAUAAAUUGCAUGGGCCAUUGGUGGAUGCAAUUACGAUGCACAAGUUAAUUCAAUUUUUUUAGAAAACGAAUUAAAUAUUUUUACAAAUUAUAAUAAUUUUUCCCGUAAAUAAAUGAUAUAUUUGUGUUUUUAUUUUUUAAAAAAAAAGGAAAAUACCUACCGAGCAUGAUAUUUUGUCUAUGUGAACAAACCAAUCGACAACAAAUGACUUAGUCAAAAAAGAAACUUUUUAAGCUUUAAAUAUUACUAAUUAUUACUAUGACCUAAUCAAUAUCUUAGAAUAAAUUCGUUUUUUUAAAUUAUUAUUUUUUAUACCCUCGUGGCCUCUAUAGUCAAUAGUUUUUUCCAAUUUUAAUAUAUUUGUCAAAAAUAAAAUUCCUUCCUAUAUGUGUUAAAACGUUAGGAGCUGAGAUUUUGAAAUGGUAACGUAUAUUAUUUUAUUAACUUCUAAAUUCGUUGACAACAAAAACUCAAUAUCGCAUAUCGAGGGGCAAUAGUAAUAUUUUUAAAUAACAAUACUUGUUACUUCUAGCUAUAAAUCUAAAUUCUUACAUAAUAUUUACUUAUUUCUAUUAUAGCUUCUCAUCUAUCAGAAACCAAUUAUACGUUAGUAAUGAAAGCAAACAAUGGUAAAAAAAACAACAAAAUGAGCGUUAUUCACAAUACUAAAGCCAAAAGUUAUAAUUACUAGAAUUAAUUUAUACUAUAUAUUAAAUUUUGUUUUGUUUACAUGUAAUACAUUGACGUUCAGAAAAGUAAUAAUUUAUACAAUAUAACAUUUCUUUUACUCAGAACAAAACAAAGAAAAAAAAAAUUAAUAGAAUCGAACUAUUCAUUUUUUAUGAAAUAGGCCAAAAUAAAUUGUUUGCCUCUAGUUAAGCACCUAUUCAAGAAAUAAGAAGUCAAAUACAUGUACUUACUUUCAUUUAUUUAAAUAGCAAAUUAUCAUUUUCCAGAAAUGUUGGUUGAAAACAAUUCUACAACUAGUAGACUUACAUUUAACAUACCUAACUAAUUUGUUACUUAAUACUUUGUUUUAUAGUUUAGGCUACAACAAUCGCUAAACUGCCCAUGUUUAAAAGAUUUUGAAAGAGUAGAAACAAGCUAGUUGUGUUUUAGUGUGUAGGUACUUGUAAAUUAGGUCAAGUACUUUCACAACAUAUAUUGAGUAAUAUUAUUAUUUUGAUAGCUCCACUUGUUUCUAAAUAAUUUUUUUAUGUCUAUUAAGUUAAAUUGGAUUUUUCUUAACAAUUUUGUUUAAUUUGGAACCCAAAAACAAAUGAAAUUAUAAAGGAUCAUAAUAUAACU